CUUUGCUAUCGACCUCAGUCAAGACGUCUGGUCCCCAUAGACUUAGCCAUAUCGGCGCCUGUCAUAAACGCAGUAGUCAUUCCUUUCUCAAUCAUUUACGAUCUUCCCCCCGAAACAAUAGCUGGUUUGGACAACCGUCCACUACAAUACUACAAUAAAGAAGGUUUGUCUUACAUCCACCGGCCACCAGUGGAUCAAGCGUCGGUAUUUAUUUCAGGCUCGUCUGCAACAGCACUCUCAAAUUCACCCACUCUGUCUUCCCGUGACGCUCUUUCCUCAUUUGAUGGUCAGGAAGAUGGAUCUGCUGUGGAUAGCCCCAUAUCAUCAUCUUCGUCUCGGGAACCGUCUCUAGAUGCCUCAGCAGAUGGCAUGGAUGCAGAGUUUGCGAACCCAUCCGUGGAGUCCGUCGUACUUUCAGAGGAGUCUGUUCCGCGACGUACUUUAAGGAAGCGAGUCACGACGAGCAAGGGAUCAUCAUUGCGAUUCAAACCCGCUUCCGUUUCUGCCAUCACAUCACGUCAAGGGACUUCUUCCGAAGACAAUCUCAAGAAGAAGGCGUAUAAACAGGCAUUUUUACAAUCUGCAGCCCGUGCUCAAAACGAGAGAGAAACUAGAGUGCGGGAGUUGAAGAAACGCGCGUUGGUAAUCCCAUCUACAGGAAAGACGCCCGCAACAUCGCGCCAACGUCUCGUAAUGCAGAUGGUUUAUGAUGAGAUCACCCCGUACCCUGACGAAGCUUGGGUAUCUCAGCUGGGAGUCAUCAUAAACAGGGAAUAUCACCAAGUUAAGAACUGGUUCUCCAACCAACGGCAGAAAGAUGCUAGGGAUUCACGACAGCAUACGCCUCAGCCCACCACUCCUGCGAAUCUUGAAGCAUCUUUAUGCAAGAUUACAUGUGAUGGACGCGACUUGCGCCUCCGCACCGCCGCGCUGGACUCCUGCAAGUCAGAAGAUUGGUCCGACGCCUUCUUUGAUGAGGUGGUUAUGAUUUACAAUUUCCGUCUUCUUGCAAAGCAUAGUCAGGAAGAGGCAAGAGCAGCUUUCGGUGAACCUGAGCCUGAUGUGGGUAUACUCUCAUAACCAAACUUUGUCUAUUGCCUUUCAUCUCAUCAUCCCGCACUCUCACUGUAUGUAGCUGUAGUACUCAAGACGCUUUCUGUACAUUUUAAUCGUGGGUAAUAUACGUACCUCUUAUAAUAUGGUCGCCGUUG